AUGAGUUUGUAAUCAUUCUAAGAUACAUUUUGUGGUGCUGUAGCUGGUUUUUCUUUUCGUUUUUUUGGUCAUCCCUUUGACACUGUAAAGGUGAGAAUGUAAAUGAAUGAUAAAAAAAAUUCAUUUUUUGCAUCAGCGAUUAAGAUAUUUCGUAAAGAAGGAGUAAAUCUUAACAUAUAGUUUAGAUCUUAGCUUAUUACAAAGGGAUGUCAUCUCCUUUGUUAGCAGAUAUACCUUCUAAUGCAGUAUUGUUUGGAAUUUAUGAAUAUGUAUUUAGAGAAAUAAGUUCAAACAACAAAGAAAAGAAACCUUAUAUAUUGGAAUGUUAAUAUAGUAUUAAAAUUAUUAGGGUUAAUUGCAGGAGGAGUAGCUGGCAUAGGAUAUGCAAUAGUAGUAUGUCCUGCUGAAAUGACAAAAUGCGUAUUGCAAAUGUAAAAGGAAUAUUUACACAAGCAAUUUAAGUCUCCAUUUUAAUGUUUUACAUAUGCAGUAAAAAAUUAUGGGAUUGGCUCAGUAUUCAAGGGUCUUGUAGCUACAAUUCUGAGAGAUAUUCCAUAAAAUGCAAGUAUUAUACUAGAUUGAAUAUGAAUUAGCCUUUUUUGCAACUUAUGAAUACUCUAAAUAUAUAUUUAGUAAAAAUAAUGAAUUACCAUUUUAUGGGGCAGUAAUAAGUGGAGCAUUAGGUGGAUUUACUUGUUGUUUAGCAUCAUAUCCCAUGGAUGUAGUGAAGACAUAAAUACAAGUAGAAAUAAAGGAAACAAUACAAAAUAGAAAAUUUAAGCCUAGGUAUUAUGAUGGUGGUGUGAUUGAAUGUGUAAAAUACAUUUGGUAGAAUCAAGGGUUCAAAGGUAUAAUAUAUAUGGUGGAAAUUAGGUUUUUGGAGUGGAGUUGAAAGUUGCAUAAUUUAUUAUAUGGUUGGAUGUGCAGCAUAGUUUACAGGAUAUUAUUAUGCAUAAUCUUUAUUGGGAAAUUAUACAAAUAAACAUUGACAGA